AUGGGCUCAACGACUUUAGUCAAUGGCGAUGGUCUCCAUCACUCGUCUCGCCACAUCAUCGACACACCCUUCCUUAUUGUCGGAGCUGGACCAGCAGGUGGCUCGCUAGCAUGCUUUCUGUCACACCCGCCAUACAGCAUGACGGGGCUGUUGAUCUCAAAUGCGUCCACGACAUCACAAACCCCCCGAGCACAUAUUACGAACCCGGCAUGCUUCGAAUGUUUGCGCGAUAUCGGCCUGGAGGAGCGGUGUGUCGCCAACGCUGUAGCUGGUGACUGCAUGACUCACACUCGUUGGUGUCACGACAUGACUGGCGAAGAAUACGCACGCAUCUACUCAUGGGGUAACGACCCAAAACGAUAUGGCGAGUAUGAAGGUCACACGCCUUGUCGGCACGUGGAUCUGCCGCAGACAGAGUUCGAGCCCAUUCUGAUUCAGAGAGCCAUGGCUGAGGGCUGGGAUGUUCGAUUUCGGAAUUCCUUUGUGAGCUCGGAACGCGAAUCAGAUGGAAAGAUCCUUAGUAAAGUCAGAGACGACCUGACCGGCGCGGAAUAUUAUGUUCGAUCCAAAUUCCUCUUCGGCGCAGAUGGUGGGAGGAGCCAAGUCAUUCGAGAACUAGGCAUUCCUCUGAUCAAGAAGCCUGGGCAAGGGCUGGCGCUUAAUGUUCUUGUUGAUGUCGAUCUUUCUGACUAUGUCGAUGCACGCAAAGGCAACCUCCACUGGGUCUUUCAGCCUGAGGAGGAAUACGAAGACUACGCAUGGAGUGGCCUGAUCCGCAUGGUCAAGCCUUGGAAUCAGUGGAUGUUCAUUCUCUUCCCAAAGCCCAAUGUCGAAUACAAGGAGCCCAGCAUUGCGCAGUGGGAGAAGGUCUGCCGCAAGAUUGUAGGCAACGACAAGCUCCCACUGCGUAUCGUAAAUGUUUCGAAGUGGCUUAUCAACGAGACUGUCGCAGAGUACUACUCCGACCCGACAAACACGAUCCAUUGCCUUGGCGAUGCAGUGCACCGUCACCCACCGUUCAACGGCCUCGGCAGCAAUACUUGUGUGCAAGACGCAUACAAUCUUGCGUGGAAGGUCAAGUAUGUUUGCAAUGGUCUGGCCGACCAUUCACUUCUCAACAGCUACAGUCCUGAGAGACAGCCCGUUGGAUUGGGCGUCAUUACGAGGGCAAAUCAGGGCCUUCGCGAUCACACACCGGUUUGGGAUGCCAUGGGUCUGACUAUGCCCACGCCAAAAGAACGCAUGGCCGUAAUGGCAGAACUUAAGAGCGCCACACCCGAAGGGCGGAAACGAAGACAACGCCUGAAUAAGGCUAUCGACGGAACAGCCCAAGAGUUUCACGGCAUUGGCGUGGAGAUGAACCACCGCUACGAGAGCAAAGCAAUCGUCGCUGACGAUGAGACGGGCGAGCCGCCUGCAUGGCCCGAGGACAAGGUCCUCUAUCACCUCACGAGCACGUAUCCCGGUAGCCGGCUGCCGCAUGCAUGGCUCAACAAGCGGAUGCCGCAGAAGGAGCACGUUUCGACUCAAGACCUGGCUGGAAAAGGAGUGUUUUGUUUAUUCACGGGCAUUGGUGGUGAAGGGUGGAAGAAGGCAGCAGAGGCGGUCAGCAAAGACUUGGGCAUCGAGAUCAGAGCGUAUAGCAUCGGUUGGGAGCAGGACUGGGAGGACGUCUAUCGGGACUGGGCCAGGAAGUGCGAAGUUGAGGAGGAUGGAUGUGUGCUGGCACGUCCGGACAGGGUGGUGGCGUGGAGGGCGAAGACCAGCGGUGACGAGCAGAGCCGGCUGGACAAAGUCAUUAGGAAAGUGCUCGGAAAAUAG